AUGCCGCGGCGCAGUGACUCCAGGAGCGACUCUCGACCGCGACGGGGAUCAGGCCGUGGCCGGUCGCGUUCAGCAAAACGCAGCAGACGCGAUGAUAGCAGGGACAGGGGGCGUCGUGGUGGCAGAAGCAGGUCAGAUGGUGGACGUCCGGGCGAGGCCCUUUCUGAAUGGGGCACCUCAGGAGUCAUCGUGGAUCUCAAGGGAUCCGGCUUUGGCUUCAUUCGGCCAGAUACUGGCAAGGUUAACGACAAGGACCUUUACUUCCACUGCACGGCGGUGAACAAAUCUGUUCCGUUCGACGAGCUGAGGGUCAAUGACGAAGUCAAUUAUGAGGCAGUCCGAGAUGAUCGGAAGGGCCAUCCAACAGCGAAAAAUGUGACUCUGAAGAAUGGUGGCAGUAGCAGUAAGAGAAAAGACUCGCGUUCAACUUCGCGACGUCGUUAG